AUGGCCGCGAAUCUAUUCCCUGAAUUACUUGAUCAAAUCUUUUGUCAUUUCCAGAAUGAUUCAUCAACUUUAUUUACAUGCUCAUUGGUUUCCCGGCGUUGGUGUUCUUCAGCAAUUCCUUGGUUAUGGAAACAAUCAUUUACAAUAUGUAAAAGACAUCAGCGAUACAAAUUAGUUAAAGCAUAUAUUAAUAUGUUGACGCAAGAAUCAAAACUAUCGUUAAUAAACAGUAUAUUGACCCAGGAAGCUCGAAAAGCAAUAGCUGCUCUCGAUCUGGACCUUCCUUCAAGAAGGCCUAUGUUGUUUGAUUAUGCUGCAUUAUUACAACAAUUAGAUUAUUCUAAAAUUUGGAAAGCUUCUAAACACUUUUGGUGGAAUCAAAGGCAUAAUAGUGAUCUUGAUAAUGGUGAAUUCUUGGACAUAACAAAUCUUUCUUAUGAUACCCAAAAUAAGGAUGAUGGCUAUGAAUAUUACACCUUUGGUGAUUUUCCUGGUGCUGCUGCUUCUUAUGCCAGAUUAUUCAAUUCUCCAAAACAUAUAAUAAAAACAAACAUUUCAACUCUUGCUCAUCAGCUCUGGAAUCUUUUAAUGACUCGUUCAAGAAUAACUUGCUUGAAAAUUGAUGCAUUGAAAUUAUAUACUCCUAGAGCUAGAUAUUCUCGUGACAUCGUUUCAUUACCAACUUUUACUCUUGCUGAUACUUAUCUUUCUUCUGUCCGAGAGUUUACUAUCGGUGGUGACUUUAUAAAAGAUAACAUUCUUGAAAUCAUGUCUCAAUUAUGCAAUGAAGUCGAAGAAAUCAAUAUUUUUUCUUGUUCAACUAUACUAGAAGAUAUAGAUUGGGCACCACUAAUUCGUGCGCAAAGGAACCUGAAAUCUCUUAAACUUCGUUCAAUUCGUUAUGACCUCUCUUCCUUGUUUGCUUCCUUAUCUACUCAAACUAGAUCCUUACGUCAUAUCCUAUCUUACUGUGGCGAUUAUCGAAAUAAACCCGCUCUUCAACCCAUUUCUACUGAAAAAGUUUCUUCGAUAGCUCCAUUAAAGACUCUUCAACUAAAUUCUACUUAUCUGUAUAACUCAGACUUAAUAUCUUUCAUAAUAGGUUCCAAUAAAAACUUACAGGAACUAAUUUUAGAUAUAAAUCUAAGUGAUUAUCCAUCCUUAGAUAAUACAAUCGCUGAGAACUGUCCGAAUCUAAGAAAAUUGAAAUCAAAUCUAUUCGGUCCUUACAUUUUAACCAUACUGAAACACUGCCAUAAAAUUGAAUAUAUAAACAUAAAAGGCGCUUAUCAUCGCGGAAGUUCUUUAUUUCAAACUUACCUCGAACCCGGCCAAAUCCUUGAACAGAUAGCCACGACUUCUUCUGAACAGUUGAAAAAGCUUGUGAUUGAUAUUUCAAGUUUAUUCACAAAUGAAGAUUUAUCAAAGUUCUUUGCAAAAUGUUGUGGAGGACUCGAAUAUUUUGGAGGUGGUUGUUAUGGAUACAGAGAACAUGUCGAGGAUGAAAUUAUGAAAUAUGCUAGGAAAUGGAAUGUUGGUGUUGUUGGGAUUAGUUAUGAGAGUCGAAGUUUUGGAACUAUAGGGGGUUCUGUAGGUGGUCUUGGAGGAUUGCUCAAUGCAUGGGGAAAUGGGAUGGGGUUUGAUGGUGAGGAUGGAAGUGAGUUCGGAAAUGAACGACAUGAAAUGAGUGUCUUUAAUUUGCAUGUUAAGUUUGGAAGUAGGAGAAUAGUUUAG